AUGGAGGACGACGCGUCGGCGAUGAACGACCUCCUCGAUGCGGCGAUCGUCAACAGCAUCCUCGCGCCCACGCCCUCGUUGAGUGAGCCGAUGCACUACCAGCAGCGCCAGAAGCUCGAGCUCGCGUACCUCCGGCAGCAAGCCGUCGACUUGAAGCUCCAGCUUGACGCGCUCACCAGCACCAAGGCGUUGGAGGUGCAGACCAGCAGCAACUACUGGGAAAAAGUUGCUCGCAACCAGAAACUCGCAUCCGAGAUGGCGACACUGGAGAAUGCUCGCCUCAAACGGGUGAUGGAAGACCAGCUUGUGCUGGCGUCAGCCCUCGAGAAAGUGCUGGCCAAGCGCCCGCGGCUCGCG